AUGAGUGAAGAGGGAACAGUUUCAACGCCAGUUCCAUCCUCUACACCAGCUCCUGGAGGAGCUGGUGUUGGUACUGGCGGAGCAGCAGUUGAAAUAGCCAAUCCCGCCGCUGAGGGUAGCGAUGUUUCCGAAGAUGUUAAGAAACAUGGGUCGAAAAUGCUGGUAGGGCCCAGACCGCCUCAAAAUGCGAUAUUCAUCCAUAAACUUUACCAGAUUUUGGAAGACGACUCGCUGCAUGACUUAAUAUGGUGGUCACCCUCGGGAUUGUCUUUCAUGAUCAAACCAGUGGAACGGUUCAGUAAGGCUUUGGCUACAUAUUUCAAGCACACUAAUAUUACAAGUUUUGUAAGACAGUUGAACAUCUAUGGCUUUCAUAAGGUUUCGCACGAUCAUAGCAGCAACGACACUAAUGGCGGCGACGAGGCCAAUACUAAUGAUGAUAGCAGUGGCAAUAAGAACACUAGUGGCGACGAAAACAACGGCGUUAGUGUACAAGAAAAGGAAAGGAGUAACCCCACCAAAAUUUGGGAAUUCAAGCACAGUUCUGGAAUUUUCAAGAAAGGUGACAUUGAAGGGCUUAAACAUAUCAAGAGAAGAGCUUCCUCGCGCAACAGCUCCUCCAUCAACAGUAGGAAAAAUUCUAGCAAUCAAAACUAUGACACAGAUUCCGGUGUAAGAGCAAGGCCUUCUUCUGUUCAAGACCCGUCUACCAGUUCCAGUGCCUUUGGUAAUUUCGUUCCGCAAAUUCCGAGCGCCAAUAACACUAUCCCCGAGUGCUUCAACAACUCUCAUGUAACUUACGAAAACUUGAGCCAUGGUGCGCUGGAGUACAAUAACCCGGACAUGCAAGAACAAAGCAAGCCACCAAGCUUUCAAGAUGAAGCACUCAAACAUUUAAAGGACAUAAAUGUCGAUAUGGUUAAGAUUAUAGAGUCCAUGCAGCAUUUCAUAUCUUUGCAACACAGUUUCUGUUCACAAAGUUUCACCUUCAAGAAUGUGAGCAAGAAAAAAUCGGAAAAUAUCGUGAAGGAACACCAAAAGCAGCUUAAAGCGUUCGAAAACGAUAUGCUUACGUUCAAACAACACGUUAUGUCAAGAGCGCAUCGUACAAUAGAUUCUCUCUAUGCUAUCAAUUCCAACGCUAUUGCUACCGCCCCUGCACCCGCGCCUGCAUCCAUAUCUGCGUAUGCACCCAAAUCUCAGUACGAUGUGAUGGUUCCUCCAGGCAACCAGUAUGUGCCACAGAAAUCUUCCUCGAGCACGAACAUUCCUUCGAGGUUCAAUACGUCUUCAGUACCACCUUCGCAACUUUUCGUGCAGUACCAAUCUCAGCCGCAGGCGCAACCACAACAAUAUAUGACUUAUGCGAAGCAACCAACACACAUGCCAAACUUUGUCCACCAGCCAAUACCCAUCCAACAAUUACCUCCACAAUACGCAGAUACUUUCAGUACCCCACAAAUGAUGCACAAUCCCUUUGCGUCAAAGAAUACCAACAAACCAGGCAACACUAGGAGAACCAAUAGUGUUCUCAUGGAUCCAUUAACUCCCGCAGCUAGUGUUGGGGUCCAAGCUCCAUUGAACUAUCCUAUCAUGAAUAUAAACCCACCUGGUCGUGACUACAAUAAGUCUGUUCCUCAAAACAUGGCUCCGAGUCCAAUUUACCCCAUCAAUGAACCAACAACGAGACUAUACUCACAACCAAAAAUGAGAAGUCUCGGGUCCACAAGCUCAUUGCCCAAUGAUAGAAAAAACAGUCCUUUGAAAUUGACGCCAAGGCCAUCUUUGAAUGAAGAUAGUUUAUAUCCUAAACCUAGAAACUCCCUCAAAUCCAGUACUUCUGGUACGUCCUUAUCCUCCUCUCUUACCUUAGUUGCCAACAACCCAGCUCCAAUUCGCUACUCUCAACAGGGACUACUUCGCUCGCUAAGCAAGGCUGCUAAUUGCGCCCCAGAUCCAACAACUCCAUUAGAUUCAUCUGUUUUGACAGGUCCUAUUCCAAAAAACAUGGACAAUCUUCCUGCUGUUUCUUCAAACUUAAUAAACUCUCCCAUGAACGUCGAUCACGGAUCAAGUAUAUCACAUGCAGAAUCUAUAUCUUCUAUAGAAGUACCGCAACCGUCUUUCUCCGCUACGGUUGCCGCUAAGGAAACUGAUGAGGCUGACAAUAGUAAAAGAAAUGGGAGUGCUGUUUAUUCAUUACUUAAUCGAGAGGAUAACGGCGCGUCUAGUACUGAUUUUAAAACUGAAGAAAAAGCUACUCCAGUGCUAAAAAAGGUCAAGAUGUAA